AUGGAGUACAGUACAAAGUUUGCUUGGUUGUUAAAGUCUUAUGGUCACGAGAAAUCAUCAGUCCUUGACGGUGGCUUGCAUCAGUGGGUGAAGAAAGGACUUGAAAUCAGUACCGAAGACGUGCAACUUCCAACAGGAAAUUGGAAGGCGAAGGAUCAUGUUGCCGCAAACAAUAUUACCUUCGAGGAAUUGCAGAAAAAGGAGGAUGGAAAAGAAUAUAUGGAACGGACAGACGAAGUGAACUUUCUGGAUGCUCGCAUACGUGGUCAGUUCAAUGGCACUGAGGAAACAGGGCUGGAUCUUUAUCGAGUAAGUGGCAGCAACAUUCCCGGCUAUAAGAACGUCCCAGCAGCUGAACUUGUGAAUGAGAACGGAGUAAUGAAAUCUCCUGAGGAGAUUCGGCAAGGUUAG